AUGUCCGACGAUAAAACAACGUGGGUCCUCAAUUUACUCGUUUUUCUAGUGGCAUUUUCAGCUCUCGUCAACUGCUUGACCGGAUCUAAUCCGGCGUUGCUCAUCGGCGAACGGCGUCGCAUUUGCGCCGCGUGGGCUCUGCUUUUUCUGAUGCAGGCUUGUCUGAGUUUGGGGAUUCAGGGGAAAAUCGACGCUGAAAUUAACAGCUCCGCGGAGGGUAAUAAUUGGGUUUUGCUGAAAUUAACAGAUCCGCCGGUUGCGGCGGAUCUGGCAAUGAAUGGAUGGGCGGCGGCAGGGGUUAUCGGGUGGUGGUUGUAUUAUCUGACGGCGGCGGUGGGGGUGGUCAGGGCGGUAAGAGGCACUACUGGGCGCUGCCGUGCGCCACAGCAGGUACUGGAGCGUGCACUGGGCAACGCUGGCGUGCAUCGGGACUAG